AUGGAGCCUUACAAUGCGAACGGGCCGAGAAACGGGAUUGGCCGCCUCCAACAGCAAGCCAUCUCGCGGCCCUUCACAUUGCAAGAGUCGCUCCCGUACUCACCCCAAACGUCUACCGUGCCAUUCCUGCCAGAAGUGAUACCCGAUCCGAGUCUAGGCUCAGGAUCCCCGGCGCUGCGAAUCGCUGAUCUGUUCGCCCGGGACGAGUUCGACAAGGUUAACAGUGACGCAACUACCGCACCACAAGGGUCCCGCACUCUUAAGCAGGCUGCGGACUAUGUGUUGCACGACCUGAAGCCAUCUCAGAGAACACACUACAAAUUCCCGACACUGCCCCAAGCUACGUCGACAGCACCCGCAGGUAAGAGUCUCGCCGACGGACUCUCGCCUCUGACACGAUCCGUGUACGAACGGGUGGGAAGCUUUUUCAAGUCCACAAAGGCCAAUACCGCAAGUCCGAAGCUCGUGAAUGGUGAUGCAGGUCGUCAUUCUGGGGCGAGAGAGUCUCCCUCGCACGCAUCGAACGCCUACUCGCAACCGCACCGGGGCCGAUCGGAAAGCCACGAAGUGCACAGAUCUCCCUCUGUCAGGAUAGAGGUUGCAAUCCCCUCGAAACGAACGUUCGACCCAACAUCGUACGUUGAUGCCACUGGAGUCGACGAGCUCCAGGAGAAUGCACCUGCUUUGAUUCCGCCCCAACCGCCACAAGCACCACAACCGCCGAACCAGAUCAGUACCUCGCAAAUACCAACACCUACCGGGAUCAAACUUUCACCGUCCCCGGGGAAGGAACCUGUCUUCAGCAUUGAAUUGCCUUCUGUCAAUUUCAAGAGAGAAGAGUAUCUGGAGGUUGCGGACGCGCCCGAUGCUCCGCAGAAUCUCUCGGCACGACGACAGGGGCCCCAGGGCUUUGCAGAUAGCCAAGGCGUUACCAUCACGAGCCUGGACCAGCGACAGAGGGCCGAGGCAGCUCUGGAUGCUUUGGAAGCCCUGCUGCGUUCUGUCUUUGUGGCCGUGGGGCAGGCUCUUGGACAGGAGAGCGGAUCUGAGCACAUCGUGACUCUUACUACCGAUCAGGAGCCCGCUAUGACUGCUGUCACCCAGCAGAAGAUGCACGGCGCGAUCCAGAAAGUCAUUGGAUUACGUUGUCUUCAAAACGUCUCCUUGGAGAGCCUUCUUCAAGUCAUGAAGCUAAGCGAGGCAAGCUUGAAACAGAUCGACGGCCUCGAGAUCCGAGCCGACGAAAGCUGGGAUGAGAGCGCCGUGGAAUCAUGGAUACAGCAGCUUUCUGAAGUUGAAACGGCUUUAAAGGCAGCUCGAACCUGCGCACGAAUACUGUCUGGUGGCAGAGAUGACAAGCAACUCUAUUCCGAAUCGGUCAUCAACCGGUGCGUCGAUAUCUUCAAGAGCGUCACUGAGGAUAUCGUGAUCCCUCUGGUGGAAUUGCGGAACUCGGGAUCGUCGGCAAACCUCUUCAAAAUGGUCCAACGACACAAGAAAGUGAUCGCAUCGGUCUUCGUUUGUUGCCAGAAGCUGUUCGCCGUGCUUGCCGAACUAGUCACCAAGAUCGAGCUCUCGGAAUCAGUCAUCAAUACGCUAGAAUUCACGGCGUCGAAGCUCAUCUUCGUCGAAAAUGCCUAUUUCGAACGGGACUCGGCCAUUGGCGUCCAAAAAUUCGAUGGCAUCCGGUCUGUUGCCAUGGACAUGCUUUGCCAGAUCUUUUUGAUCAAGCCGGACCAGAGACAGGGGAUUACUGAUGAUAUCUUGACCUCUCUGGAGAAGCUCCCGGUUGGCAAGCAAAGUUCCAGGCAAUUCAAGCUCUCUGAUGGGGGCAGCAUUCAACCCGUCUCAGCUCUCAUCAUGCGACUAGUCCAGGCCAGCUCUGGUCGAGUGGACUCCAGCGAUGGAGCCGGCCGUGCCGCCCUUCUACGCAGCAUGGGCGACGACGAGGAUGCGGAAUACGAUGAACUGCAGACGACGAAGAAGGGCCAGGCUGCAACAACCAUUCUCAACGAGGAGCAAGGGGCUCAGCAGCACGCGGUUGCCAUACAGGAGCUAGAAGCCGCUGCAGCGCCGCUCAGUGAGUCUGCGAGUCGAAACGCGUCGUACGUCAUCAACUUCAUCGUCAAAAGAGCUAUCGGCUCUACGAAGACCGGCGAUACGCCUUAUCGCAACCUACUGGACCUUUUCGUUGAGGACUUUACGACCUGCCUCGACUCACCGGACUGGCCCUCGGCCGAGCUCCUCCUUCGCUUGCUUAUGGUUAUGAUGGUACAGCUAUUUGAGGCACCGAAGACUGCCGCUCCAGCAAAAAACAUGGCCCUGGAGUUGCUUGGUACUAUGAGUGCCGCGAUUUCCCGGCUGCGGUCGCACGUGAAAAAGACGGCUAGCGCGUUCGAAGGUAGUGAUGCAGGCGAACUAUCUCAGUACCUUUCAGACCUGGCCACCCACGUGCUCGAGCAGAAAUGCCAGAUGGAGCACAUCGUUGCCUGGUCUGGCCCGUUCCGCGCGACGCUAGAGUACCUACAAGACCGGUGCUCUGAGGAUCCGCACUUGUCCAGCGCCGUCUCAUUCAUGAUCACGGACUGGGCGAGCAAGAUCCACUCCGGCUAUGACUCCAUCCAGGAAGACGAUAGCGAGCGGGAUCAAGAACUUGGCCGGUUGGCCUAUCGGCUCAGAAUGAUGAUUGACGAUAAGAAAUGGCUCUUUAACGAAUAUACGUUCAAGACGGUAACAGCAAGCCAGGCAAGAUUUGCGUUUUCAAUCAUCCUCCUUCGCUCUCCGCUUUGCGAAUCGUUUAGUAAGAUUCUCAAUAUCUUACUUGGUUCCAUGGCCAGCGACCAGGCCACUGUUCGCAGCAAAAGUCUCAAGAGUGUGAACCAGGUCCUGGAGACCGAUCCGUCCAUCCUGGACGGCGACUCAACGGUCAUCCAGCUCAUCCUCGACUGCUCAGGUGAUUCGUCGACGCAAGUUCGCGAUUCCGCUCUUGGAUUAUUGGGGAACUGCAUCGGGAUGCGACCCUCUUUAGAACCCUCCUUGACCCCGAAAAUCAUUGAUCGGUUUCAGGAUGCUGGCGUCGGUGUAAGGAAACGAGCGAUGAAACUGGCCCGCGACAUCUAUCUGCGUAAUCGAAAUAAGGGACUUCGGAGCGCCAUCGCCAAUGGUCUGUUACGUCGAGUCCAGGACCCGGACGAAGGGGUGCGCGAUCUUGCACGCCAGAUGAUUGAGGAGAUCUGGUUUGCGCCUUUCUACGCCAACGAAAGCACGGCAGCGUUCGAGACGGCUCUUACGGAGCACGUGGCGCUGAUCAUCCAGACUGUGAAGACUGGGACAGUCACGGAAAUCCUCGACAAGGUCUUCCAGAUUAUCGUCAGGCCGAACAACAGAUCUUUGGAAGGCCCCUUCACAGUCUGUUCUAGACUGGUGGGUAUCAUGUUUGGGCUUAUCGACAAUCCGGACUCCGAAGAUGCAUCUGUUCUAUCAGGGCGCGACGCCCUGCAGGUUCUCACCAUCUUCGCUAAAGCCGAUCCGAAGCUGUUUACGCUGGAGCAAAUCCGUCUGCUCAAGCCCCAACUAGCCAGCUUCACCGGCCGAGACGAACUCGCCGCGUUUCGGGCUGUUACAGUCAUCUACAAGAGAGUGCUCCCGCAAUUACCAACGGUCCAUUCAGACUUCCUUGCUGAAGUAAGACUACAACUUCUCAAAGGGAUUGGCAAGAUCUCGUCGCGGGGAGCUUUGGAUGAUCUCAUCGGUUGCGCACACACCGUCUGUGAGCUUCUAAAAGACUUCAGUCCCUUGGCGAACUUGGUGGCAUCGAGCCUGCUAGGGAUCCAGAAGUUGGCCAAGGCUCCGCUCGACAGCAAGCGCUUGAAUCACCUCUGCGCGUAUGCGAUCAUAGUGGGGAGCGUCGGCAAGCAUUGCGACCUGGAUAAGCAGCUGCAUAUUUUCCGAGAGAAGUUCCCGCGGUGGCAAGGGGAUUCGGUACCCCGUCUGAUUGUUGACACGCUGUCACCUUUUGCCCUGCCACCGCAAUCUCUGGAGGCGCGAAAGGCGGCAAUCGAAGCCAUUGGACUGGUUUGCCAAUCGUGGCCGCGGAACUACGUUCUGGCUAAAGUGUAUACGGCCUUCCAGCAGGUGUUCCAGGAUCGGAUCCCCAUCCUAGAAACCAUGAUUCUUCGAUCGUUCAAGGAGUUCCUCAUGACUGAAGAACGGCGCUCUGAGGCCGGGGCUGCAGCAGCUGCCGCCGAUGGCAAGAAAAAGGAGCUGACUGUCAUGGGCGGAACCAACUUUGACGAUGUUGCCAGCGCCACGACACAGCGAUUCCUGAAGGACAUAACGCGAAUUGCCCUUAGCAGCCAGGAUGAGCAUGCUUUCUUGGCCAUGGAGGUCCUGGGUAGCAUCAACCGACAGGGCUUGACCCACCCCAAGGAAACAGGCGUCACGCUAAUCACGCUGGAGACCUCUGCCAACCGCAAGAUUGCUGAGCUUGCCUUUAUGGAGCAUCGAUCAUUACAUGAGAAGCACGAGACAGUACUGGAGAGGGAGUACGUCAAAGCUGUGCAGUCAGCCUACAACUAUCAGCGAGACAUUGUCAAGGACUCGCACGGCGCAACCGUUGACCCUUUUCAAUCAAAACUGCACUUGCUGAUGGAGGUGCUCAAGAUCAGCAAGCUUAAGAAUAGGCAACGCUUCCUGGAAAAGCUCUGCAACCAGACAGACUUUGAGCUUUCCAAGUUUGAUGCUAUUGGGGAUCUACCGCCGCAUGUCGACUUUGCCCGGUUCAUCGUCGAGAACAUGGCCUUCUUCGAGUACCAGACGGUUGGCGAGCUCCAGAGCGUAGUCAAUACGCUAGAGAAGAUCGUGACUGGUACGGGAGCGACGGUGGCCCAGGCUAUUGAGUCUGAAGUUUUCAAUGUUCGAAUGGACGUUGAUGAACUUGGCCAGCCCCAAGACUCAAUCGCAGCAGACCCCAGCGCCGCUAUGUCCGCAGGCGACCUGCCCAUGGGUGGACAGCAAGCAAUAUCGCAGUUGCCGGUUUCGGCUCUAUCGGUCGAGCCGCAGAGAUUGCGUCAGCUGACGGCAGCUUCCAUGGUGCUUCUGUCAUUGUGGGAGGCUCGCACGUACAUCCGCAAGUUGUACAACAUGGGCACGAGCAGGCACGACAGCAAGGCCAAGGCAUUGGCCAAGGACCUCAACAAGACGCCUUCGAAGACGCAAGGUGUGCACGGGGACAAGUUCUGGGAUGAGGUCGCCUCUCAUAUGAAGGGCCUGCAAAACGAGGAGACGAUGGCGAGAACAUGCCGUUCGCUCGUUGAACUAAUGAAUGUCGACAAGGAGUUCAAGGUGACCAAUGAGGACGAUGAGAUGGCCAUCGAUGAGCAUGGUACGCCAAGUGAGGAAGAGGAUGACGACGCGCCGGAUAGAGGCCGGAAAAGGAAGGGCGGAGCUACGCCAGGUGGACGCAAGAAGCGGGCGCGGUCGAGCUCUCAGCCUCGCAAACGUGGACGGCCACGCAAGCAAAGCGUGGAGACGAGCGAGGACGCCGAGUUUGAUGCUGAUUGGAUCUAG